CCAUGAUCAAUGUCACUUCUAUUCUUCGCUGACCGUUCCCUUCUCGUUCUUUGCGUUGGCAGCUGUUGCUAAGCAAAGCAAGCCUAUUUUAUCUAUGAAGUUCAUGGGUUUUCCAAUUUUAUAUACUCGUUUAUUUUAGCGUAUGAAUACAUGUUAUGCAUGACCUCAUUAAUUUCAAAAAUGUUUAAGUGUAAACUUUUUAUUUAUUUUUUAAUGUUUUAUUCCUCAUGUGUAGUAGGGAAACAUAAUAUUUUGAUUAUUAUCUCAGAUGACCUCAGACCUGCCCUUGGUUGCUAUGGAGAUAAAAAUGCCUAUACACCCAGUGUUGAUGCCCUGAGCCAAGAGAGCUUUAUAUUUUUAAAUGCUUUUGCACAGCAAGCACUAUGUGCGCCAAGUCGAAACUCCCUGUUGACCAGCCGACGGCCAGACACAUUACAUCUGUACGACUUCUACAGUUAUUGGCGGGAUGUUGCCGGGAACUUCACAACACUUCCUCAAUACUUCAGAGAACAUGGAUACUAUACCAAAUCAGUCGGCAAAGUCUUCCAUCCAGGAAUCUCAAGCAACUGGAGUGAUGAUCAGCCAUACAGCUGGUCCAGUACUCCGUACCACCCUCCUAGCCAGGCUUACAUGAACGCACCAGUCUGCAGUCGAGAAGGUCAGGAGGGCUUACACAGCAACCUUGUAUGUCCUGUCACUCCGGACCAGCAGCCUGGGGGCUCUCUCCCUGAUCUGGAGAGUCUACAGGAAGCAAAGAGAUUUCUGCAAGAUUGGAGUGUGGGUGAGGAGAGAGGGCAGAAUUUCCUUCUGGCGGUCGGCUUCCACAAACCUCAUGUUCCACUCAAGUAUCCCCGCAAGUAUCUAAGUCACCACCCACUUGCAAACGUGAGUUUGCCUCCUAAUAACUGGCCUGUUCUGCUUCCUUCGGUGGCCUGGAACCCCUGGACUGAUGUCAGAAUGAGGGAUGACAUUGCCUCCCUCAACAUCCCCUUUCCCUUUGGACGUAUGCCAGACGAGUGGAGUCGUCUCAUCAGACAGAGCUACUAUGCAGCAGUAAGCUAUGUUGAUGACUUGAUCGGCAAACUUAUCCAUGAGCUGCGCACUACCAACUUGUACAGCAACACAAUAAUUGUGCUCCUAGGUGACCAUGGUUGGUCGUUGGGUGAGCACGGAGAAUGGUCCAAGUUCAGUAACUAUGAGCUGGCUGUGAGAGUUCCGCUACUGCUGCGAGUGCCUGGACUGACAGACAGGACUGCAGUAAUGCGAUCUAUACAAGCUCCAGUGGAACUAUUGGACCUGUUCCCCACGCUCGUGGACGUUGCAGGUCUGCCACGACUACCCCGUUGUCCCCGCCCCUCCCACAGUGUCACCACCUGCACGGAAGGCGCCAGUUUGUUACCCGUCAUCUAUACUUCACUUGUCAAGAAUGAGACAGUCACUGACAUCGGAAAGCCGGCAGUGAGCCAGUACCCGAGGCCAGGGAUCUACCCCACAUCUCACCCCAACAGUGAUAAGCCGAGAUUACGUGAGGUGCGCUACAUGGGUUACUCCUUGCGCACCGCUCACUACCGCUACACGGAAUGGCCUGCCUGGAAAGGGACUCCCCUGUGGACACAGAUGGCAGGCACAGAGUUAUACGAUCAUUCUAUUGAUCCUGAUGAGAACAUCAAUCUUGCAGAUCGUGAAGCCUUUCGUGACAUCAGGCUGGCCCUCAGUGCUAAGCUCAGGGCCUUGGUGGGAGCGACCGUUUCCCUCAGUAAACAAGACUGAAUGCAUCUAUGCCAUCUAAUAGCUUACAUUUAGCCUAAUAUUUAGAUCAAGGAUGACUUGUUUUAUUAGAAAUGGAGAAAAAUAUGUGAUGUGCUCCACAAUUCAUGUUUUCUAAAGGAAACUCUCCAGUAUUUAGUCAAUGGAGAGUAGCCAGAGGACAAAUGUAAAACAUAACUCUAAAACCACACUACUAAACAUUAAUAGUUUAAAACCACAAAAAUCUUCAAUAAGAAAAAUAGUAUUGUGUUUUGAUUUAAAAGCAAUUUACUACUUGAGUGUAUUUUAUAUUUUAAAAACAAAACUUUAUGAAACUUCAUUAUUGUUUUUAUUGAGUUUUUCAAAAUGUCUUUACUGUUAUAAUAAAAUUAGAUUCUUAAUAUCCUUUCCCAAACAUAGUGUAUGAUAAAGGUGUGAUGGUAAAACAAUCAAAUUUUGAUUUAUAAUGUCAUACAUUUUGAGAUUGUGUGGGUUAUUUUAAACUAAAAUUAAAGUAUGGUUUUAGUUUAUAAAUAUUACAAUAGAUGUUUUCAAUGAUUUACUUUUUUAUUUAUAAUACUUUUAAAUAACUUAUUUAAGGAAGUUUCAUAUAUAAAUUGUGUUCACUACUUAUAGAAUGUUAAAUGGUUAAAAAAUUGCACAACGCAUAUACCUAUAUAAAGAUUCUUCUUGAAAUGUAUUAUAAAAUAUUGUUAAUUUUUAGCAAAAUGCAACUGAAACAUAAAAAAUAAAGUCCACAAUGGAGGUUGAAUUUUUAUGAAUACCACUAUGAAAUUUUAAAAGUUCUCUAGCAAUGUUGAUACAUUUUUCACCAUUAAUCCUUUAGUUAAUAAAAAAAAAAAAUUGUAUAAACCACAUCUGUAUUUGGAUUAUCUUUAAAAAGAUUUAAUUUUGAUUACAUUUAAAAUUCAAAAUGAAUCUUGGCAAUCCAAACACUGCCUAGUUUUUCACAUCUUUUAUGUAUUAUAAAAAUGGCUAAACAAAAUGUUUAGAAUAUGAAAAAUAAUUUAUUAUAUAUUGUACUAUUUAUUUCUUUACUAGUGUAAUUUAUAUCUUAGGAGUAUAAGAUUUUUAAAUAUAUUCCAUUUUUAUUGAAAUUACAUUUUUUAUGAACCCAUCCACACAUAAAUGUUUUUAAAAAUGUAAACCAGACCUGUAAGAUUUUUUUCCAAAUUGCAACCUCUUUUUUCACAGCACUAAAACACUCCAACUUAACAAUUCUAAAUUUACUUAAUCAUUAAGAAAUAUCUCGCAUAAAGAAAACACACUUAACAGCUUGCAACUUUCACAAUCACAAGAAUGAUACAGAAACUAUACAAUUAUCCCUGCAUAGCGACAGAGGUGAAUGGCGGACGAACAGAGGGGGUCAAAGAUG